AGGUUGAUAUCUCAGAAUGAAAUAAAAUCGAUUCUCGUGUGCUUAUUCUAUCAGUAUGAGGCAUGAGCUCUUUUUUUAAUUUCCUCCUCUGGCCGCGGAUUCUCCGUGUAAACUGGCCCUGGAAAGCGGCCGUCCUCGCGCUGGCCAUUCCACAUUUCAACUGGUGUCAUGGAAUUUGCGCCAGUGACCCCGCUGUUUGUUGGACGUCGUUGACAAAAUUUAAUGAAAACAUCAGGAAAGAAACUGAUUGAGGCUCCAUCGGAACAUGAUAAGCGAGCAGGGCAACAGCGAGUGACUGUAAGCAUCGAUCGAUCACAUCGCGCCACGCUUUCUCCUUCUUUCUCGUGAUUCUAGUUCCCAGCCUGCGCCGCUCCUCCACCUCGCCCAAUCCGCCGUUAAUUAAUUCCACCAUUUCCUCCGAUCUUAGUUAGCACCAGUUUUCGACGUGCCAUGGCCUCCCCGCUCCACAACGGCGAGGGUGGAGGCGCCGCCUCCGCCUCUGCCCACCCCUCCACCCCUCCGUCCCCGGCACAUCAUCAUCGCCGCCGCCUCCACCUGUUCACUCUGCUGCUCCGCCUCGUCACCUUCGGCUUCGCCCUGACCGCCGUCAUCGUCACCGCCACCAUCUCCUCCCCUUCCUGGCUCCGCUUCCACUCUUUCCGGUUCGUGCUCGCCGCCAACGCGAUCGUGGCCGCCUACUCUCUCUUUGAGACGUGCGCUUCCGUUUACCAGAUCCUGACGGGCGGCGCCACCCUCUUCCCGGAGCCCAUGCAGCUCCUCUUCGACUUCGCUCACGACCAGGCCUUCGCAUACAUGGCAAUGGCGGCUGGUGCGGCGGGCGCGGCGGAUGCGAGACGGGUGAGGGGCGGGGGCGCGUGCGAGGGCGGGUUCUGCGUGCAGGCGGACAUAGCGGUGGCCAUGGGGCUCGCGGCCUUCGGCUUCCUGGCGUUGACGGCGCUGGUAACGGGGUAUCGAAUGGCCGGCUACCUCACGACCGGUUCCCGCCAAGAAACCUGGUAGCGGCAGGGAAGCCCCAAAUCUAUGUCUCCAUCUUCCUUUUUUGGUAAUGGUUCACUAUGCAUUACUCUUAUGUAGAUAAGGGAUAGCAAAGUGUGGAUUUUUGUUUAAGUUUAUAAUUUGUAUUUGUAUGAUAGUGUUAUUAAGAGGAA